CUUACUUUUUUCAAUCAGGAGGGUCUUAUAGAGUAACUACGGAAGUGAUGACAUGGACAAAUCUGGAGAAGACCAUUAAAAAUGUUGCUCCAGGUGGACGUUACAUGCCCGGUGGCUGCACAUCUCAAUGGAAAGUUGCUAUUAUAGUUCCCUAUAGAGACAGGGAAAAUCAUCUGAAAAUGUUUGUUAAAAAUAUGCACCCGUUUCUACAACAACAACAGAUUUAUUAUGGAAUAUUCGUAAUAGAAAUGCCUCCUGGACUUGCUUUUAACAGAGGUCUAUUAAUGAAUGUCGGGUUUAAAGAAUCGAGCAGGAUACAUAACUACAACUGUUUUAUUUUCCACGACGUUGAUCUUCUACCAGAACACAUUGGCAACAUUUACAAAUGUGGUGAUUUUCCCAAACAUAUGGCAUCUGCAAUUGACACAAGAAACUAUAAAGUUUACUACAAACACUCCUUCGGUGGAGUUAAUGCAUUUACAAGAGAACAGUUUAUACGGGUCAAUGGGUUUUCAACCGUUUACUUUGGUUGGGGCAGGGAAGAUGACGAUCUGUAUCAAAGGUGUUUGCACGCAAAUUUAACUAUGCAAAGGUUGCCAGUGAGAAUUGGACGUUACAAGAAUUUGACUCACCCGAGGGCAACUCUCGCGGAAAGAAAUUCCGAGUUGUACAAAACAAGGGAGGAUAGAUAUGUUUCAGAUGGAAUAAGUAAUUUAACUUAUAAAAGGAUAAAACUUGAAAUUAGACCUCUUUACACGUGGAUUUUAAUAGGGAUUUGAUUCCGGUAUAUGUAAUGACAAUGGUGGUAAUAAAGUUUGAGACAAUGCCUUAAACUCAUCGGCUAUUAAUUAUAAUAACCGAAGUUUGACGGAAAAGGCCGAGAAGAUGCGAUUGUGUCUGAAAUUUAGCGAAACAUGAUGAGACAAUACAAAGAACGUGGCAUUCAAAUCUUUUAUAUAAAAUUACAAAAUAUUUUAUUUUACAAAGGUAAUGAAGAUAAUUUUCAUAAACUUUGCGUAAUUUCAUGUUGAAAAAAAAUCGACUUUUUGAGUUUUCUAGCCCUGAAAAGUUUUUUUCUGGCUCUUUAAGGUACCUUAUUUACCUUAUUUUCUAAGUACCUAUGGAAUCCUAUUUAGAUACACUGUAUUUAUUUGUUCCGAUAUAUUAAUAAUAGAUUUUUCAAAAACUGUUGAAAAUUGACACGCUUCAAUUGUAUUUAUGCAUUCCUUCUAUGAGUUCGUGGCCGAGUGAUUUGGGUCGUUGACUUCGGGCCA